UUCUCUUGCCUCUGUGUCCUUUGAUGUACACUAUAAAGACGUGCAUCUUAUCGAUAAAAAGUUUUGCCGCAGUUUGCAACACACUCUUGAUGCAAAAGAAAUCUCUCACUAUAGAAAAGAGAUCAAAAAUUGAGUCCCUCGAUCACCUUCCCUCGAGCUUACACCCUCUCAAACUUUUAGAAUUUAAUUUUUCAAACAUCAAACUCUGUAUUUCAUGUUUAAAGUAAAAAUAGUUUGUCAAUUUAUAAAAGAAGUAGUACUACUUAUUUAAAAUAAUCUCCAAAUAUAUUAUUUUAAACAUUUCAAAUAGCCAAAAUUAACUAGUAAAUUUUUUCCACCACUCUCUUCUCCUACAAUAAUCCCCUCCACCCUUCAUCUCAAAUUAUCACUGUAACAUCCUUAACGAAAGCUACAAAAAGAAAAAGAAAAUGAGCAUAGUGCCGGAAGAGGCUAUAGAAGUAAUUUCACAGAGCAUCGGAAUUAGCAAUUUAUCACCGGACGUUUUGCCAGCUCUCGCCGCCGAUGUCGAAUACCGUAUUCGUGAAAUAAUGCAGGAGGCUAUAAAAUGUAUGCGACAUUCAAAGAGAACUACUUUAUCUACUGACGAUGUGGAUUCUGCACUUACCUUAAGAAAUGUGGAGCCAAUAUAUGGUUUUGCUUCGGGAGAUCCCUUACGGUUCAGAAGAGCUCUUGGGCAUAAGGAUUUGUUCUAUAUUGAAGAGAAGGAUGUAGAAUUCAAAGAUGUGAUCGAAGCGCCUCUGCCGAAAGCACCACUAGAUACUACUCUUUUUGCUCACUGGUUAGCUAUAGAAGGGGUACAGCCUGCUAUUCCUGAAAAUCCUCCACUCGAAGCACUUGUUCCGCUUCCUGAUUACCGAAAGGCAGAGUAUAAGGAGGAUGGAGUUCCUGUUGAUCUCAAAGUUCCCGUUAAGCAUGUCUUAUCCCGUGAGCUUCAGCUUUAUUAUGACAAGAUUACAGAGCUUACCGUUAAUAAAUCUAACUCCCCUCUCUAUAAAGAAGCUCUAGCAAGCUUAGCAACAGACCCUGGGCUCCAUCCUUUAGUUCCUUAUUUCACAUAUUUUGUUGCUGAUGAGGUUGCACGGAAUUUGAAUAAUUUUGAUCUCCUUUUUGCUUUGAUGAGGCUGGUCUGGAGCCUUCUUCAGAAUUCUCAUUUACAUAUUGAACCAUACCUGCACCAGUCGAUGCCGUCUGUGAUGACAUGCCUUGUGGCGAAAAGGUUGGGGAAUAAAUUCUCUGACAACCAUUGGGAACUAAGGGACUUCACAGCAAAGUUGGUUGCUUUAAUAUGCAGGCGAUAUGGUCAGGUCUAUCACAGUCUUCAGCCACGUGUCACGAAGACUUUGCGGCAUGCUUAUCUUGAUACAGCCAAGGCACUGCCUCAGCAUUAUGGAGCAAUUCAAGGGCUAGCAGCUCUUGGACCUGGUGUGGUUCGCUUGCUUGUGCUUCCAAAUCUUGAAGCUUAUUUGCGAUUAUUGGAGCCUGAAAUGCAGCUUGAGAAACAAAAAAAUGAAGUGAAGAGACAUGAAGCUUGGCGUGUUUACGGGGCCUUAAUGUGCGCUGCCGGUCUAUGCUUGUAUGAGCAUUUUAAGAUGCUUCCUGCAUUUCUAUCUCCAUCAAAUCGAACAUUCCUGAAGAGUAAAUCGAAAGUCUCAACUACAUUGUCGAACAAACGCAAAACAAGCAUGGACAACAUGAUCUCAGAGCCACCAACCAAGAAAUUAGAGACAGAUGGUUCCACACCAAUGCCAUCAGAUUCUUCGCCAGUAGGCAUAGAAGGAGCUACUGAUAUGUCUGCCACAACGCUGGGUGUUAAGGAUGAGGAUUUAUCGUCGACGCCACAAGAUUUGCAAAAUAAGAACGUGACCAAUGUGACGAGAACCAACCGAAGGGAGAAUACUGGUGGGCAAAACCAAAAAGCACCAGCUCCUCUUGGUCAGGCCUGGAAGAAAGAUAUGGAUGCUGCGAAUUCGCUGCCACCUCUAUUUGAAUAUUUUGGUGAAAGUAUGUUGUCCUUUGCACCUUCUCCAGAGUUGUCAUUCUUUUUGUGAUCCUCUUUUAAUAGCUGUAAUGGAAUGGUGAUUUGCACAAAUGAGAGGCAACUAUAUUGUUUACAUUCAUAUGGGCAAUAUUUAACAUUUUACUAUAUACAACAUUUUCUAAUUUCACCCGA